AUGACUCUCUCGGGGGGUGAGCGCUCGCCAAUGUUGCCCACUAAAUACACGGCAAUUGGCAAUGACGUUCGCCGUCCUCUGCCAGUUGCAAUGGGCUGGGCAGCUCUGAUCUCAGCUGCUUUGGCACUUUUAGCCUUGGCGACCACUUCUAACUCCCCCGCUUCAAUUCCGUCUCCUCCGUCAUCAACCAUUCAAGAGGCGAUUGAAGCAACACCCACGUCGUUCCCGUCUUCACCCGACGGAUCAAGAAAUCUUCUGUCACUUUGUGAGGAGAAAUUCAUCACCCAAUCGCUCGACCACUUCCGAGCCGAUGGGAAAUCCAGCGAAGGCACUUUCGACAUGCGGUACUUUGUGUGCUCCCCAGACAACUUUAGCCCUACAAACGGCUCGAUCUUCUUCUACGUGGGCAACGAGGCCGACGUCACGCUGUAUCUGAACCACACGGGACUCAUGUGGGAGAACGCGGCGGCUUUCAACGCGCUCAUCGUGUUCGCCGAGCAUCGCUACUUUGGCAAGUCCGUUCCGUUCGGUCUGGACGUGUUGGAUCACAUGGAGUUCCUGUCCACACAGCAAGCCAUGGCUGACUACGCGGUGCUGAUCGAGAUGCUCAAGAGAGACCUGAAGGUCGACGUCCCUGUGAUCGGCUUCGGGGGCUCGUACGGCGGCAUGCUGGGCACCUGGUUUAGGAUGAAAUACCCGCACAUUAUCGACGGUAUCAUCGCAGGUUCCGCCCCCGUCGCCAACUUCUUUGGUGAUCCAGAUCACCCUGCAGACCCGGAGGCGUUCAACCGCGUCGUGACGUUCGACAUGUCGGAAGACGCUGGAGCAGCGACGAACUGCAUCCCGAAUAUCCGGCGUGCCUUGAACACGGCAGUUGCGAUGAGUGGGACGAAGUCUGGACGGAAGGAACUGGCAGAGCUCCUUCAUCUGUGCGAUGCGGACUCAUUACAGUCCUCGGACAAAGUCAUUUCAAUCGCCUCGGAAGCGUACGGCGACUUGGCGGUGGGCAACUAUCCGUACCCGACAUCUUACAUCAUGGACGGUAAAGUGGACCUCCCGGGUUAUCCGAUGCGUACUGCGUGCGAGCCUUUCGCUGGUGUGUUUACUGAAGACGACAAGUCCGGAUUGAUCCGUGCAUUCCGCGAAAGCAUCGCUGUAUAUUACAACGCCUCUAAGAGCGAGUCCUGCUUGUUCCCGGUCUCUCCUGUGAAAACUAUCGAUGAGUUGGACACGUCUGAUGCUGCCAAGCAGGCGCGCAUUGACCACAAGGGCAACUUUUGGGGAUAUCUCGAGUGUUCGGAGCUCUAUAUGCCAAUGAGUUCGGACGGAGUGAACGAUGUUUUCCCCACGGUUGCAGUCAACGAAUCUCAAGACAAUGCCGCGUGCUUUGAGAAGUGGGGCGUUCACUUGAAGCCUCGUUGGGCUCAAUUCGAGUUCGGUGGCAUGAAAGCUCUACGCGCGGCCAGCAACAUCGUCUUCAGUAACGGGAACUUCGAUCCGUGGUCGGGUUUGGGUGUACUGGAGUCCCUCUCGCCUUCGGUGGUGGCUGUGCCGGUUCCUGGAGGAGCACACCACCUCGACUUGUUCUUCACGCACCCAUCGGAUCCUCCUGCUGUCACCGAGGCGCGCAAUACCGAACUCAAGUACAUUCGCCAGUGGAUCAACGAGUUCUACGCGUACAAGCAGGAGGUCGCCACGACUGAUCUCUAA